CUCAGAAGCAUCAAUGAAUGCUUAUCUCCAGAAUGCUGUCAAGCUGAGAAGCAAUUUGAAUAUAGGAAUGAAGAGAUAGAGGCUUGGUGAGAAGCAUUCCCAAUAGAAAUUUCAACAUAAUUUUCCACUUUUGGGCAGGGCUUUUACCUGUUGACUGAUGUUGUUGGAAUACAGAUGGAUUGUAGUGUAGGUGCAAACAUGGAAUUACGAAGAGCCUCCAGUCCUCACAGGAUGAAUAAGAAUGAUGUGGAUGCAGACAAAUCCAUGUUACACAGCUGCUGCAUAUGUGGCAAGAGUUUUCCCUUUCAGAGCUCACUGUCACAACACAUGAGGAAGCACACAGGGGAGAAGCCCUAUAAGUGCCCUUAUUGUGAUCACAGAGCUUCCCAAAAGGGCAACUUAAAGAUCCAUAUUCGGAGUCACAGAACAGGCACUAUAAGCCAGAGGAAUGAUGUGGAAACGGUAGGAGAGGCACAGCUUAAUGAGAUGAGAGUCUUUGAAGGCUUUGAUGGUUGCACCAGCCCUACCAAAAGCACUUCUGCUUGCAACAAAAUAUUGAAUGGAACAGUUCCCACCGAGGAUAGCAAGAUCUUGCUCAGAAGCAGCAGAAAAGAGGCAUUGGCCGAUGAUGUUAAAUUAUGUACUGUUCAGUGCAACUUCUGUAAAAACAAAUUUGAAGGGAAGAAAGAGUUGGAGCAACACAUACAUCAAGUCCACAAGCCUUUCAAAUGUAGGCUGUGUAAUUACAUGACCCUAAGACAGGAGACCCUUUUAAACCACAUAGAGAGAGAUCAUAUUACAACUCAAAUUCCAAAUGGGGAAGCCUACACUGAGAACUGCAAGCCUGAGUCCAAUGCUGGAGAAUUUCCUUGUGAAGUCUGUGGACAAGCCUUUAGUCAAACAUGGUUCCUCAAAGCUCACAUGAAGAAGCAUCGAGGCUCAUUUGACCAUGGAUGUCACAUUUGUGGCCGGAAAUUUAAAGAGCCCUGGUUCCUUAAAAACCACAUGAAAUCUCAUGGGCCAAAAGCUGGGAGUAAAAAUAAGCCAAAAAGUGAUUUAGAGCCCAUGGCCACUAUCAAUGAUGUUAUCCAAGAAGAGACUAUUGUGACUGGAUUAUCCCUCUAUGAAGUUUGUACCAAGUGUGGAAACCUGUUUACAAAUAUGGAGAGUCUAAAAGCACAUAAUUCUGUACAUUGUAAGUCUCAAGGAAUUUGCAGUGAUCACAGAGGCGAGAGACUAAUAGAUGGAGAUUUGGAUUCAUCAAUAGCAAAACAGUUUUUCUUCCAAUAUCUAAACUUGAGGCCGUCUGUAUGGAUAGACGGUGUUUCAAAGGGCCAGUCAGGUAAAAGAGUAGCUGAGCUGGAUCCAGUGAACAGUUACCAAGCUUGGCACUUGGCUACCAAAGGGAAAGUUGCAGAGCCUUCUGAGUAUGUUAAGUAUUUAGGAUGGGAUGAAGUUCUGGCAGAUGCUGAUGUCACGUAUGACAGGGACAAAAGGGAAUAUAUUCUUGUUAGUCAAGAGAAACGCAAGCAAGAGCAAGAUUCAUCCAACUCUUCCAGUAAUCCAAAGAAGAAGAACUGCACAGGUGGCCGUUCAGAGAAAAGCAAUAAUGCACAAGCAGGGGAUAACUGCCUCUUUGGUCAAGAUGACCUAGAAUACAGACCAUCCUCACGUCAAAGCAGAAGGGCAUCACAGAACAAGUCCACUGAGUGCUUUGAGUGUGGCAAGAUCUUCCGCACAUAUCACCAAAUGGUGCUUCAUUCACGAGUCCACAGGAAAGAGCGCCGAAGCUGCAGUGAAGGCGGAUCAGUAGUUCAGCAUGACAGAUAUGGUUCCAACAGUGAGGAUGGUGAUUCUGGAUCUGUCAGUGCACCAAGUACACCAAGUUCUGCUUCUGCUCAAGAAGAUUCAGUUACCUCUGGAAUAGGUGAAGAGGGUCCUGAGGAUAGUUCUGAGGAAGGAAUACAUGAGCCAUCCCCAUUAGCUGUUAUGGUCGCCAAGCAAUCGUUGUUGGUGAGUAUAGUAAAUAGUAACACAGUAAUUUUUAAACGAUCUGUAGAUAAAUCAAAGAAAGCCAACAAUUCCACCUUUUCAUUUCCUGCAAACCCAGCCACCGUGCCUGCAGGGAAAUUCCUGAUGCUUGCCCCCAAAGCCCUAGAUCUUGAAGAGGAUUCAGAGGAAGAUUCUGUGAUUCAAGAAAUGCAGCCCAUAAAACCCUAA